AUGGAUGAUGAAAUUAGUCCCGAUGUUAUAAAAGCUACACAAAUUUCUUUAGGAAAAUAUAUAAAACGUCCACCACUUAGUGAUAAAUUGCUAAAGAAACCACCGUUUAGAUUUUUACAUGAUAUUAUAACUUCAGUGCUGAAAAAUACAGGAUUUUUUAAUGGAUUAUUUGAAGAAGAAGAAUUGAUAUCAGACAAAGUAAAAGACCGAGAUAGUAAAAUAUUAUUUCUUAAUAAAGUAAUAACAGUAAUUGUUAGCACGACAGGUAAAUCAUUAACUGUAAAACCGUCUAAGAUAGUGGCUGGUCAGGAGCCAGAAAAAACUAAUGAACUAUUGCAAUGUUUGGCUUUUGCAUUAGAUAAUAAGCUCUCCUCUGAUGAAGCUGUAAAAUUGUAUAAGGAAUCAAUUAAAUCGAAUAAAUCUGUUGAAAAUAAAACGAAGGAUCCUGUAAUAAAAUCAGUAAAGAAAACGACAGAAACCAAGAAACUAACUUCUAGGAGUAGCGAAAAGUUGGCAAAGAACGAUAAGUCUAAUAACUCUAUUAAAAGUAAACAAAAGCAGGUUAACAACAUUAGAAAGGAAUCCCCUACUAAAAAAGUGUCGCAGUUGUCUAAGCCGAUUAAUAACCAAAGUUUAAACAAGGAAAAGCAGGAUAUUAAAAAUGAUACUCAAAAGAAAGUCGUCAAUAUCAAUAAGGAGCCAGUACUAAAUUCUGAAAAAUCUGUAGUUACUGAACCUAUAAUCGAUAAUUCAAAAAAUGAUUAUGCUGAAGCUGAUGAUUCACCGACUGCUUUCACUGUAAAUGAUCCCGAAAAGCAUAUUGAAGACACUAAAAAUAUUGAUGAUCGUUCAGAUCCUUAUAUAGAGGAUAAUAAAUCUCCAGUAAAAAAACCCGAGACUUUAAUUCCAGAACCUAUUGAUAAUAUUGAAAAUAUUAUUAGUACGAACAAAGAAGAUAUUGUUGUAAAUAACAAUUUGGAUCAAAGUGAUAUACAGGAUCAUCAGAAAAGUCCUACAUCUAAAAAUGAAGAUGAAAAGUUGCCAAGUAAUAAUGAAAAGAUCGUUUCUCACGGUAACGAUAUACAACCUUUACAACCUACACAACCUUUACAAACCAAAGUUAAGGAAUUAGUUAAUGUAGUGUGGCCGCAAAGUGUGAGACCGUCUUCUUCUAGACCUAGUGCUCCAAGACUCAAAGAAAAACAUGAAAGCCUUCUAUCAACUGCAGAUAAUCUUGCAGUUGGUAAAGUAAAUAUAAUAGCGGAAAAUACUACGCAAGAAGAGGAGGAAGAUAGUAGUAUUAUUGUAGUAGAAACUACAGAACCAGAAACGAAAUCACAAGAUCAAGAAGAAUUGCUGUCUUCUAAUCAACAUGGUCAUCUUGUUCAACAAAUACUUGAUGCUCAAAAAGAAUUUUCUGAAGUCGCUGGCAAAACUAACAUCGAAUGGCAAUUUGGAGUUCAAAGGUCGAGAGAUGUAGUUAACCAAGAAAUUGAACAGUUAAGGUUUAAUGUACAAGCUUUGUCGCGAGUUGCCAAUCCAUUGGGGAAACUGUUGGAUCAUGUUCAAGAAGAUGCCGAAGUUAUGCGUCAAGAACUUCAACAAUGGACAAUAGCCUACGAGGAAGCUUCUAAGCAUUUAUUAAAACAAAAAGCUGCUAAUGAAGAAUCUUUAUUGCCUCUCCAGACAAAAAUAAAACAACUGCAAGUUGAUAUAGAAGAGAAACACGAUAAGAUAAAUGAUCUUAAAAUAAUCAUAAAUAAAAAUACCUUCAGAAUAGAGAAACUAUUGGCAAGUGGGAAUAUGCAA